UGGGCAGGGAAACCCCACAGAGCAGUGCUCCACUUGGGGCUUCCAAAUUAUGUUCAAAGUAGUAGCAGGCGACGUAGCUCAGUUGGCUAGUGCGUGGUGCGUUGACCUUCGGUACUUCUAGAGGUUUCUAGAGAAAGUUUCUUCCUUUUCCCCCUGGUCAAAGUACAUUUACAUACAGCGGGUUGGAAGCAGAACCUUAUACUCGUGUGUUUAAGACUACAUCCGAACCUUCUGCAAACCAAUUACCUCUUUUGCUUGUGAGUAAUGUUUUCCCAUGUCAAGCCACCAACUUCACCAUGUAUGAUGAUCUAACACCUAGCCUAUCCAUGAAAGUCGGGAUGACCUUUGCAUACGCCGUGACCUUCAUAGUGGGUUUUGUUGGCAACAGUGUUGGGAUGUACGUAGUUUGCAAGCGCAAUGGAGGCGUCAAGACGGUAACAAACUUGCUGAUCGCCAACAUGGCAUUUGCUGACUUGCUUGUCACACUUUUAUCCAUGCCCACAAGUAUUGCCCAAAUGUACAUCUCGAACAGGUGGUUCUCUGGUAGCUUUGGCACUUUGACGUGUAAGCUGAUUUACACGUCUUUCUUUCUUUCCCUGGCGGCGUCCGUAUUCACCAUCGUCUUCAUCUCAGCAGAACGCUACGUUGCUAUAUUCUUCCCUUUGAGAGGAGACUCACUGAAACUGCCUAAAUUGCUGACAUGUUUGAUCUGGGUGCUAGCCUUCCUAAUGACUUCGCCAUUUCUUAUAAUAUUUACCACAAAGGAGCAAGAGCCCAUGGGUACUCAUUACUGUGUGACAGAGUGGCCUUGGCAAGGCGAUGAUGAUAGCGCCCAACAAGCAACCUUGAGAGUGCUAAAGGACUAUUUCAUAGCCAUUUUUGUGAUAUUAUAUUGCUUUCCAGUUCUCUUCGUGGGAUUCUUGUACUCCUUGAUCUGCUUCAAGCUAUGGUUCGUGGCCGCUCCACCAAACACAGGUCACAAGAGUCACAGAGCUGCUCUUCAGAAGUCAAGGAAGAAAGUGGUCAAGCUUCUGGUUGCUAUCGUGGUGGUCUUUACUGUGUGCUUUUUCCCCUCCCAUCUGAUGCACUAUUACCUAGUCUUUAGAUUCGACAUCUAUCUCAAAAUAGAGCACUGGGGAUACGUAACGUAUUGGAUCAGCCAAGCUAACAGCAGUAUAAACCCAUGUCUGUAUAUUCUGCUCAACGACAGCUUUCGCCAUGACUUCCUGAAGGUUUUAAGCCGAGGAAUGCAUGGCUGUUGCAGAAGGAUGUCAUCUUGCUCAAGGCGACGUGUGAAGCCACGAACGAGAAUAAGAUCCAACAACAGCUCUUCCAGCCACUCUCAACAAAGAAGGCUAUCGUUUAUGCAGCUACUGCAAGUGGUGAGAGGAACAUUUAGCUCUGCUUUCAAUCCUACACAAUCUGCAAGGAUAACAGGCGAAACAAGACUUGCCAGAAAUAGUCUUACACCCAUUAACCAUGCAAGGGUUGCUAAUGAUACAAAGUUUUAAUGUAUUGCUUCACUUCCAGCACGACAUUACCCGUACGGGACAAAAAAUACCAAUGACUUCAAUCCUCCAAAUUUCAUCGAUACGCUAAAAAACAUCUGGGCUGAUCAAAGUAAGGGCAUGACUAACUCACAAAUCGAAUUGAAAUUUAGCUUGCAAUGAGGAAAAACCCGGCGAAUAAAAGCCCUCAAAUUAAGGGAUAGACCAAACAAACUCUACUCACAUUGGAUUGUGAUAGCGUGUCCAGUAAACCAAAACCAAAGACCACAGAAGCAAAUACUAGCACUACCUCUACAACACCCUUCACAACAACAACAAAAAGCGCAAAACCGUUGAAAAACAAGGUGAACUUCCGCCAUCAAGAACUCGCGGAAAUAAAGACUAAUAGUAUGUAUAGGUAACUGAAUAGUGGAAGCAUCGGCGACAGCAGUAGCAGUAUCAUUUAUUAGUACUAGCAGUAGCAAUAGGUUGGUAGUAUUAGCUACUUGUAGCAGCGCAUUAUCGCCCAGCAACAAUGGCAGUGACGAUAUGUCACAGUAUAGCAGUAUUAUAUAGUAUAGCAGUAUUAGAGCGUUAUAGCAGUAUUAUAGGAGUAUAGCAGCAUUAGAGCAUUAUAGCAGUAUUAUAGAAGUAUAGCAGCAUUAGAGCAUUAUAGCAGUAUUAUAGGAGUAUAGUAGUAUUAAAGCACCAUAGCAGUAUUAUAGGAGUAUAGUAGUAUUAAAGCAUUAGAAAAUUAUAGCAGUAUUAUAGGAUUAUAGCAGCAUUAGAGCAUUAUAGCAGUAUAAUAGGAGUAUUAGAGCAGUUUUCGUUUACUGUCAGGAAAAAGUCGAUGUCGUAUACUUGCGUUGCCGCGACCGUGAAGCUUUCUAGGAUUUUAAGUGGCUGAUCAUUUCUCGAGCAAUGCGAUUGGUCUGGCGUAUGCCUUGCCGUGUCAUGACCGCGUUUGCGCCGUGAGCUUUACAAAGUCAUACGAAAACUGCUGUAUGGCUGUAUCAUGACAGUAUUAUAACAGUAUUAUAACAGUAUUAUAACAGUAUUACCAUAGUGAUUAUAGCAGUUGCAUAUAAUGGAGUAAUUUACUUUUCCCGUGAAAACAUAUUAAGCAUAGCACAUGGUAGUAGCGCUAAUUCUAUAUAUUUUUCUCUCUCUUUUAAUUGGUAGUCUCUAAUUAGGCAAUUUUGUUUAACGGGCAAAGUGAAAUCAAUUUACUCUAUAGCAGAAGCAUCGAAAAAGCAAAAUUAUUGCCAGUGGUAUAAAUAUAUAUCAUUAGUAUAUUAUUAUUUUAAAAAAUCACUAACUUACUACAGCUUUUACGGAUAAUCCAAUUGGGGUCCCUACUCUUACAAAGUUAGCUAUUAAAUCAUAAUACAUAGACCAAAUUCAAAACUUGCACCGAUGUAAGGCUUAAGCUGUGAACAAAGGAAUCUGGCAUGAUUCGUGACCUUUGAAUCACGUCAAAUUACUUUGAGUCACGCCAGAUCCCUUUGUUCACAACUUAAGCCUCACAUCGGUGCAAGUUUUGAAUUUGGUCUAUAAGCAAAGCAAUGAAUCGCUAUCAAGCAAACAAGCCAAGAUCUGAAUAAAUCUGUCUACAGUUAUCUGACAGCUAGAUAAUGUAAACGCUAUUAGCUGGAAAUGUUAAUAAAAUAGUUUGAUUGGCUGAGAUAGAAA